AUGACCGGCCACGAAGGACUUCGACCAAAAGGAAAAAUCCCCAAAUACAGAACUUCCUGCGAUAAUUGUCAAACGGCAAAAGUCAAGUGCGGCCAUGAGAAGCCAUCAUGUCGUCGAUGCUCGGUGCACCGGGUGGACUGCGUGUACAGCUUGUCCCGUCGAAUGGGCCGUCCAAGAGCGAAAAGGGUCGCCGCGAAUGAUCCAAACCAAAGACAGCCAAGCACUUCUGAGCCCAACGAGAACGAAACCGCAAAGGCUGCAUCGCCGGAGGAUGCGGCUGCAGAUACUAGGCCGCCACGGACACCCGUAGCUGAGACUUGCAUCGCGGAGGCUGAACAACCGGGUGAGCCGUCGGCGUCUGAUGCCGGGCAGAUACCGGAGAAUUGGGUCCCUCUGUUCGGUGACUUGGGUCAGCUCAACGCAUCGGAAGGCAUCGAUGGACUGGAGAACUCGGAGCAGCAGGAUGAUGAUCCGAUGGAGUUCCUGUCAGCCGAGUCUCCGAUGGAGCUUGGUGAUAUGGCUUCAUUCACGGGGAUGCCGUCCUUCUUGGACAGUCUGUCGGGGUCCCUCGAACCACAAGCCACAACUUCAGCGGUACCUGCAGAGUUGUUCGGACCUCAGGAGAUCCUUUCAUUUGCCUUGCCAAAUACUGGUACCGGAGACGAUGCAAAUGCCUUUGUGCCAACACAGCAACGCCAGGAAAGCUCAUCUGAACCGUGUACUUGCAGGCAUUCAACAAAGUCAUCUCGACGCGAAUCGCGAUCAGUUCCAAGCAACAAAGACGAGUCGGGUCAUCUGUCAAGUCUUCCAUCAGCCAUGUUUCUGGAAGCGAGCUACUCUCCUCAGGAAGUAAGCUCAUGCUCUCCGUCCAAUACUUCGCAGCCUAGCGAUGCAUCACCAAGCGUUCAAGCCAGCUGUGAUGGCAGCUCUGAGCUGUCCUGGCGUAAAACCCGGGUCAUGUUGAGGCAGGGGCACUGCAACUGCAUGGAUACAAUCACAGAGCGCAUAGCGAGUCUAAAGGCAGAGCAGCAGAGCCCAUGUUCCAUGCCAAUGGACUGCGUGUUGAUGCUGGAGAAGGAAGUGCAGGAGUCUCUGUGUCUUUUGCACAAAUGCAAGAAUUGUCGGCUUGAUAGUUUCGUGCACUUGCUGGCGCUUGUUAGUGUCCGCAUGAUGCUCGAUAUCCUGCAAAAGACUGCUCGCAGCGAGUUCAUUGCGAGGCCUAAGUCGACGUCUGAUAACUCAAACGAGGGCAUUGCCCUCUGCAUUGGGGCCUAUAAAGUUCCAUCACGAGUGCGAUGCAGGUUCCUUCGAAAGACGUUGCAGGCUCGCUUUCAUAAGCUGGCAGCCUUGGUGGAAGAGCGCGAGAGAUUGGUGACUGGGAAGAAGCAGGAUAGUUUUUCGAAGUCGGCUUCCCUACUUUUGGACAGCUACGCCAGUAUAGAAGGAGGGGAGCAAGUCACAGCAGGACAACUACAGCCAGCUAUCACCAUGGAACCAAGUCAUUUGCACAAUAUGACGGCUAGGAGCCUUCUUGUUGACAAGCUACAAAAUGCUUGGGAAAGGCCGUUUGUUGCUGCAGCCAUCAGCAUAUUGAUUCCCGUCAUAUCAGUCGUGUUCUUUGACUGGCUCAAUUACCAGCAGCAGCGGAGGAGGCUGGGAAACAUCCCCAUUGUGGGCGACGCGCCAUAUCUCUGGAAGCGGCUGCGAUGGACCGAAAACGAAGCGGACCUGAAAGGCGUCAUCCAACGCGGAUACGACACAUUCAGCAAGAAGCUCAAGCCGUGGGCGUACUGGGGUCAGCACGACGACUUUAUCCUGGUGCUGCCCCCUGGGACGUGCGACGAGGUGAAGAAUGCCGACCUCAGCCAGAUGAGCUUCCUACAGGCCGUUGAAGAUAGUUAUCACUUUCGGCUUCAUACCAAUAUCCUGGGCCGCUCGCAUGUCGACGCUGUCCGGCAGUCAGUGAACAAGAACAUGAACCAAGAGCCGUUUGCAGGAUUCCUUCAGAUAUGGCAUCUGGUCCAUCUAGUUGCCGCGUCAUUCCUCAUUGGACCCCAUUUCUCCCGAAAUCCCGAGUACAUGGCCUACAUCGAGGAUUACUGCCUCAAUGUGCCGCAUUUUGUUCACCUCUACUUUUGGGUUCCUGCACCCCUCAGGAGGUUGUUCUGGUACUUUUCGCCGUGGGGCUUCAGAGUGCGCAGAGUGAUUAGGCAUCUGAAAUCGUUCAUCAUUCCGGAAAUUAGGCGAACGAUUACGACAUGGCGGCUGACUGAACGUGACUAUUCACCGGACAAAUACACGCUGCUUAGAGCAAUGCUUGAUCUGAAAGAAGAGAGAGGCCAGAUUACACGCGAGGCCACGGCCAUGACUAGGAGAGAAGAAGAGCGACAAAUCAACAUCUUCUCAGAUGAGGUGGUCUUUACGGCUUUUGAUAGCGCCGGCCCGGUCGCCUGCCUCGUCACACAGCUUCUCUUUGAGUCCAUCCGGGAUCCAAGUCUCACUGAAGCCUUGCGGGCUGAGAUUGCUAAGGCGCUCGCGGAGAACGGCGGCGAAUGGUCUGUGCAGAUGAUGAGCUCUCUUCCGCGUCUCGAGAGCUUCACGCGAGAAACUCUCCGCGUCGACGGCCCAACGCUAUUCAGUGUCACACGAUCCAUUCUCAAGCCGUUUCAGCUCAAGUCUGGCCUCGUCCUAAGACCCGGCAACAUCAUCUCGUCGCCGUCUUGGAUGAUCCACAACGAUGAAGACAACUAUCCGAACGCGAAGGAGUUCAAUCCCUAUCGAUUCUACGAUGAGACAACCAACACUGUCACCACCAAGGCUACAACCGCGAGCAACACAUUUUUGGCCUACGGAUACGGCUCGCAAAUGUGUCCUGGGCGGUAUCUGGGGGUUCGGAUGACUCAAAUCAUUUUUGCAAAGCUGCUGAUGCGGUAUGAUGCGACUUUUGAGGGCGGGAGGAGGACGAAGCCGGAGAAUAUCGUGAUGCCGGGCCAGGUGCUUCCUUCGUACUAUUCAAAGAUUGUGCUGAAGUUAAGACAAGAAGAGAAGAUUUAG